AUGGACAUGGACGAUACCUACUUCCCUGAUGAGCUUUGGCUCAAUAGGGAAGUCCUAUUCGCCUCUCCUUCAACCUCCGCUUGGAAACUGACCAUCAAACUCAAGGAAAGUAUCCGGCGUUUGAGCCAGAAAGAAUCCGAAGAGUACCAAACCACUUCCAUAUCUAUUGCUAUGUUUGAAUGUCACCGCUCUAGCGAUCCGACUCAGCAGGCACGAGUUUUGAUCUAUACGCAGAUUCCGAAUAAGGGAACUCAGGCUCUUCCCCCCGACAUGCGCCGCAGACAAGCUUCUGGCGAGGGCCCUGACGGCUUACAAGAGGAGCUUGAAGCCUACGAACGCCUGGCCAAUCACGAGAUUGAUUUUACUCCUCAACUCGUCGGCUUCAAGCACGAAAGGCAAGAUGUGAACGGUCUGGUCCCGGACGGGUUCGUGACUUACAUGGCCUACACCAAGGUCCCCGGCGUCGCUCUGGGAACGAGGAUUUACCGCUUUGGAGAUGGUUCUGAUAUCCCCGAUGUCAGUGUGGCCUCAGCUGCGCCCAGUACCAGACAGCCAGGAAGGCGUAUCACGCAGUAUAGCAUUCCCGAAGGGCUGUUCUGGACCAUGGGCAGAAGUGAGCGAGACCUGAUUCGGGACAAAUUCAAUGAGAUUUACAGGAAACUUCUCGCAGCAAGCCUCAAAGUCGAAAUUCCUUAUCUGGACAAUCUGUUUUGGGAACAGAAGACACAGGAACUGUCAGUUUUCACUUUGACUCUUUCCACAGCGGAUGAUAAUCUAAUUUUGCAUUAUGGGUCUAGCUACAUUGACGGGGUAUUCGUGCCAACAGAUGGAACGGUUACCUGGCGCCCGCAGGAUGUGGCCUUGUGGGGUUUGGCUGUGUUUCCUGGUCGGCAUAAUUUGGGUCUGCAGGAUGAAAAUGACACGGAUUUUAUUGCUGCAGGCUGGAUUCUGUAG